AUGAGCGCAUGCCAGUCACCCUUACCUCCCAGCUCCAGACCGCAGUCAAGCACCGAAGCACCCGCACCCCGACUCAAACACCGCAAAGUAACCGACGAGAGAAAGCGUACAGCCAGAGCGAAAUGUUCGCAUCUUGGCCGUCCUUGUCGCGUGCGGGGUAUGCCCGUGCAGGAUAUCAGCGCUCGGGAUGCGUUUCUGGAACUGCAGGAGCGGGCCAUGUACAUGGAGCGGAUCCUAAAACAUGCGUUCAAGGGGAUUUCGCUAGAUACCAAGAGUCUCAGGCAGAUGGCAUUGUCGAUUGAUGAGACGGACAAGGAGACGCAGCCGCAGACUGACGAGGCCGAGUUGGCUAUGGAAGAGGAGGAGUGCACGAUUGACCCCGUGGAGGAUACCGUUACUCACUUCUCCGGAGAAUUCUCCUACUGGAACUUUUCCAUGCGCGUCAAGCGCCAGAUCGAGGAUAGAAUGGCCGCUUCCGCUUCCCUGAGCCAGACUCCUCCCAACCAAAUCUCAAACUACCCCCGAGCAAAACAGCUCCGCCAUCUCCUGCAUCCCCCUCGCCACAUCGCCGAGUUCCUCAUCAGCAUCUUCUUCAAACACGCCGUAACCCACUACUUCUACGUCGACAGGCCAUGGCUCCUGAGCCGACUAACCGCCCUCUACACCACCCCGGACACCCUCACCAGCAAAGACGCCCCAGUCCUCAGCAUCAUUCUGACUGUCUUCGCCAUCGGCACGCAAUACGCCUACCUCGAAGCAAAGUCAGCCCCGGCCUCGUCCAGCCAAAACCAAAACUUCUCCGAGGACGAGCUGGGGAUGAUGUUCUACCAGGAGGCGAUCCGCCUGCUGCCCGAGAUCAUCGAAGUGUCCUCGCUGGAGAGCGUACAGGCCUGUCUGCUAUUCGCGGCGUAUGCGUUGCCGAUUGAUGCGGCGGGAUUAGGGUACGUGUAUAUCAAUCUGACAAUUCGGCUGGCGAUGCAGAACGGAAUGCAUCGGCGGUGCGUGGGGGAGGCGUUUAGUGCGGCGAUGAUGGAGACGAGGAAUAGGGUGUGGUGGACGGCCUAUGCGAUGGAGAGAUCCCUCCUCCGCACCACCGCAAAACCGGACCUCCCCCUCCUCCUCUCACGACUCGCCGACAGGAAAAACGACCUUGAAAAAUGGUGGUCCACACUCCCACUCAACAUCCAAAAAAACGACGCCCAGAUCCCAGUCGAUCGAUCAACAGCUCACCUCAAACUCGAGCACUGCCUCCUGCGCAUGCUCGCCAUCAAACCCAACCUCCCCGGCUACUCCCCCUCAGGCGCCGCUCAGAAGCCCACGCCCCGCCAGGGACUGGUGACCUGCUGCAUUACAGCCGCCGCCGACGCAAUCUCCAUCUGCAGCACCCUCCGCGACAGUGAUAGUGGCCCUGGGCUGGCGCGCGCCUCGUAUAUAGAAUACAGCUCGUGCCGGGCAGCGUUGCUCGUGCUAAUCGCGUACUCGAUCCAGGAUCGCUCUGAUCAUUUUCGCAAGGCGUUACGAGUUGGGUUAGAUAUGAUUCGGGAGAUGGCGGCGAGCGGGGAGUCGGCGAGAUCGGAGGUGGAGUUGAUUGAGGCGUUGGAGAGGGCGCUUGUGAGGCUAAGGUCAUUUGAUGAGGUGGGAAAAGUAGCCUCCGACUAUGAGGAGUUUAAACAGUGGGAGUCUAUGUGGAAGCGGCAGAAUGAUGGGGAUUGCAAUGCCGUCGAAACGGUUGCGGGACCGAUUCAAGAGCAAGGUUGGCCAACAGGCGAGAUGGAUCCUUCAGGUAUGGCAGAGAGCAAUGCGAAUCUGGGCCCUUUGAGGUUGUUCGAUGGCGCGGCUGAAUGGGCUCUGUUUGGUGGAGGAAGUGCGUUGCCAAGGGAGCUGCAGCAUCCGGAAACGCAGAUGUUAGGGGAUUUUCUGUCUCUCCAUGAUCCGAGAUUCGACCCUGAUUUGAGCCAAUCAUUGUGA